UCAAUGUACUGUUUAUUUUCUUCCUCUUGGAGAUAAACUUAAAAAGAAAAAAAAAAAAGAAAAAAAGAGGGAGAGGAGCAAAUAAAGGAGAAGCUUGGCUUCUUUCUUCGUGUAUGAAGACUUUUCUAUCAAGAUGAUUGAUUCCACAAGCCUAUACACACUUGAAGUUUCUCAGAUUCCUUUCACUUUUCCUUCUUUUCCUAGAAAAUCUUUUCUUGUUGUAACUCUUAAAUCCCUUUGUCUUUGCUUCAAGUCCUUCCAAAUCCCAUCCUCUUGAAAACAAAUUCCCAAAGGAAAAAACAUGGUCCCUCUCAUUGUUUUGACAUUAUUCUCUCUUCUAAUCACCUUUUCUUCUUGUUCUUCUGCUUCAUUGAUUAAUGAUUUUCAUGUCUUGGUCACACUCAAAAAAGAAUUUGAAUUCCCUGAACCUUUCUUAAGUUCAUGGAAUUCUUCGGACCUCAGUUCGGUAUGUUCUUCUUGGGUCGGAAUAGGGUGUUCCAAGGGACGAGUUGUUUUAUUGGACUUGACAGAUAUGAACAUGGGUGGCUCUGUUUCACCGCAGAUUUCAAAGCUGGAUAGGUUGACUAACCUCUCCCUUGCCGGAAACAACUUCACCGGCAGAAUUGUGAUCGGCAACUUAAGUAACCUUCGGUUCCUCAACAUUUCGAACAACCAGUUUCAUGGUAACCUGGAUUGGAACUAUGAAAGUAUUGCUAACUUGGAAGUGUUGGAUGCUUAUAACAACAAUUUCACUGCUGUACUCCCUGUUGGGAUUCUUGCUUUGAAGAAACUCAGGUACUUGGAUCUUGCUGGCAACUAUUUCUAUGGCGAAAUUCCACCGAGUUAUGGCACGUUAGUGGGAUUACAGUAUCUUUCACUGUCGGGAAAUGACCUUCGUGGUAAAAUCCCUGGUGAAUUAGGCAAUCUUAAAAACUUGAAAGCGCUUUACUUGGGGUAUUAUAAUGUUUUCGAAGGUGGUAUCCCAGUGGAGUUCGGUAAUUUGGUUAACUUAGUUACCGUGGAUCUUUCAAGCUGUGAAUUGGAUGGCCCAAUUCCUCAUGAACUGGGGAACUUGCAGUUGCUUGAUGCACUGUAUCUACAUAACAAUCAACUGUCUGGUCCGAUUCCGAAGCAAUUAGGCAACUUGACAAGCCUGGUUUAUCUCGAUCUUUCACGCAAUGCGCUCACCGGAGAAAUCCCGUCGGAGUUCGUCAAUCUUAAGCAGCUCAGGCUUUUCAAUCUGUUCAUGAACAAGUUACACGGGUCUAUUCCAGAUUAUGUAGCUGAGUUGCCUUAUUUGGAAACUCUGGCGCUUUGGAUGAACAACUUUACCGGUGUUAUACCGAAGAAUCUCGGUCAAAACGGGAAGCUGCAGUUGCUCGAUUUGUCGUCGAACAAGCUCACCGGUACGAUCCCACUGGACUUGUGUGCUUCGAAUCAGUUAAUGAUAUUAGUUUUGAUGAAAAAUUUCCUGUUUGGAAAUAUUCCUCAAGGGCUAGGGAGAUGUUAUAGUCUCAGCAGAGUAAGGUUGGGGCAGAAUUACUUAAAUGGUAGCAUUCCAAAUGGCUUCAUUUACUUGCCUGAGUUAAGUUUAGUUGAGUUGCAGAGCAAUUACCUGUCGGGGACAUUGUCUGAAAAUGGUAAUAGUUCCUCCAAGCCUGUUAAGUUAGGACAGCUUAAUUUAUCAAACAAUCUCUUGUCUGGUCCAUUACCAUUAUCACUUUCCAAUUUCUCUUCUCUUGAAAUCCUUUUACUUGGCGGAAACCAAUUUUCUGGUUCAAUACCACCUUCUAUAGGUGAACUCAGGCAAGUCCUCAAGCUUGAUCUUAGUAAAAAUUCACUUUCCGGUACCAUUCCACCCGAAAUUGGAAACUGUUUCCAUCUCACUUACCUUGAUAUGAGUCAAAACAACCUUUCUGGUUCAAUUCCACCUCAAAUUUCCAAUGUGCAUAUCCUGAGUUACUUGAAUGUAUCAAGGAACCUUUUAAAUCAAGCCAUUCCUAGAAGCAUUGGGUGGAUGAAAAGCCUUACGGUUAUCGACUUCUCGUUCAACGAUUUCUCCGGGAAGCUGCCGGAAUCCGGCCAAUUCGCGGUCUUUAACGCUUCAUCAUUCGCAGGCAAUCCUAAACUCUGUGGUUCUCUCUUGAAUAAUCCUUGCAAUUUCACUGCAAUUACACGCACCCCAAGAAAAGCCCCUGGAGACUUCAAGCUUUUCUUUGCACUAGGCCUUUUGAUAUGCUCUAUAAUAUUCGCCACUGCCGCUAUAAUUAAGGCCAAGUCAUUCAAGAAAAACGGUUCGAGUUCUUGGAAGAUGACCGCGUUCCAAAAGCUUGAUUUCACAGUUUCCGACAUCCUCGAAUGUGUUAAAGACGGUAACGUGAUCGGAAGAGGAGGGGCAGGGAUCGUAUACCACGGGAAAAUGGUGAAUGGCAUGGAAAUUGCAGUGAAAAAACUCCUCGGUUUGGGCACUAGCAAUCAUGAUCAUGGUUUUCGAGCCGAAAUCCAGACGUUGGGAAACAUUAGGCAUAGAAACAUCGUCAGGUUACUAGCAUUUUGCACCAACAAGGAAACCAAUCUCUUGGUUUAUGAAUACAUGAGAAAUGGGAGUCUCGGAGAAGCAUUACAUGGGAAAAAAGGUGCAUUUUUGGGCUGGAACCUAAGGUACAAAAUUGCAACCGAAGCAGCUAAAGGCUUGUGUUACCUUCACCACGAUUGUUCGCCGUUAAUCGUUCAUCGCGACGUUAAAUCAAACAACAUUCUGCUCAAUUCCAGCUUCGAAGCACACGUAGCCGAUUUCGGAUUAGCAAAAUUCUUGGUCGGUGGCGGCGCGUCGGAAUGUAUGUCAGCUAUUGCAGGGUCCUACGGCUACAUUGCUCCUGAAUACGCAUAUACACUAAAAGUGGAUGAGAAAAGUGAUGUUUAUAGCUUUGGAGUAGUUCUUUUAGAACUAAUCACAGGUCGAAAACCAGUAGGUGAAUUUGGUGAAGGCAUAGAUAUCGUACAUUGGACUAAAUUAGUGACGAAUUGUCGAAAAGCUGAAGUCACUAGCAUUGUCGAUCCAAGGCUAACAACAGUGCCCAAAGACGAAGCAAUGCACUUAUUGUUCAUCGCAAUGCUAUGCGUACAAGAAAAUAGCAUUGAACGUCCGACGAUGAGGGAAGUGGUUCAAAUGUUAUCGGAGUUUCCUCGUCAAUCCCCCGAGUACCACCAAACUUCAUCUUCUUUCCUCAUUCACAAUCAACAAAAAAAUAUCUUGAAAAAAGAAAUUACCCAAAAAUAAAAUGAGGCUAUAUUUAAGGACAUGGAACCCCCUUUUUUUCACUUUUAGAGUUUUAUGGUGUUCUAAAUUUGUGGGUUACAGUUUGCUAUUUGCAAAGUAUAUAUCUUUCUUUCUUUUUAUUCCUUGUUAAAAUUCACUUUAGAUUUAGGUAUAGAAUUAGGGGUAAGUAAUCAAUGGAGGCACUUGCUUUGCUAAGGGGUGCAGGUAGAAAGAGUUUGCAACCUUAAACUAUGGGGUAAACCAUGCACACCCCUGUUGUGUUGUAUUCUAUAUAUUAUAUAGAUUUUUUUUUAUAUUUUACUUGGAUAAAAUUUUUAUUUUGUC